AUGGCAUCAUCAAAUAAGGACGUCAAAGAUCCAAUUCGUGUAGUAAUAACUGGAGCUGCAGGUCAAAUUGCUUAUUCAUUAGUUUAUCAAAUUUGUAGUGGUGAAGUUUUUGGAAAAGAUCAAAGUAUUAUUCUUCAUUUACUUGAUAUUACACCAAUGAUGGGUGUACUUCAAGGUCUUAUUAUGGAAGUUGAAGAUAUUAGUUUGCCUAUAGUUAAAAAUGUUAUACCAACAGAUAAUGAAGAAACAGCUUUUAAAGAUGUUGAUGUUGCUUUAUUUGUUGGUGCUAUGCCACGUAAAGAAGGCAUGGAACGUAAAGAUUUACUUAGUGCUAAUGUAAAAAUUUUUAAAUCACAAGGUAUUGCUCUUGAUAAAUUUGCAAAAAAAUCUGUUAAAGUUCUUGUUGUUGGUAAUCCGGCUAAUACAAAUUGUUAUAUUUUGGCUCAUUAUGCUCCAUCAAUUCCACGUGAAAAUUUUACUUGUUUAACACGUUUAGAUCAUAAUCGUGCAAAAGGUCAAAUAGCAUCUCGACUUAAAAUAUCACCAGAUCUAGUUAAAAAUGUUAUUAUUUGGGGUAAUCAUUCAUCAACACAAUUUCCUGAUGUUCGUUUCUCAACUGUGGUUGUUAAUGGUAAAGAAACAUCAGUUUAUGAAGCUAUUCAAAAUGAUAAUUGGCUUAAAAAUGAAUUUGUUUCCAUUGUACAAAAACGUGGUGCUGCUGUAAUUGCUGCACGUAAACUUUCAAGUGCUAUGUCAGCAGCUAAAGCUAUUUGUGAUCAUAUGCGAGAUUGGUGGCAAGGAACAAAAGAUAAUGAAUGGGUUUCAAUGGGUGUAAUCAGUGAUGGUUCAUAUGGUAUUGAAAAAGGACUUGUAUUUAGUUAUCCAAUACAUAUUAAAAAUGGCAAACUUUCAAUUGUUCAAGAUCUUAAAUUGGAUGAUUGGUCACGAGAAAUGAUUGAUAAAACACAAAAAGAAUUAAUUGAAGAAAAAAAUGAUGCAUUAACAGCUACAAGUUCACAGUGA